AUGUCUCAAGACCCGCCCCCUGGCACCAUCACUUUUGGUUCCGAUACCACGUGCAACCUCCACAACUGCCCUGUGGAAUGGAGCAUCCUCGGAUACCGUCCCUCUCUCGCCGCAAACGUCACCUUUGCCGUCCUGUUUGGCAUCGCCGGCAUCGUCCACAUGUAUCUCGGCGUACGGUGGAGGACUUGGGGCUUCACUAUCCCAGUCAUCAUCGGCUGCAUUACCGAGAUCAUUGGAUACGUCGGCAGGAUUAUAAUGUGGGACAAUCCGUUCUCUUUUAACGGCUUCAUCAUCCAGAUUGUCACUCUUACGAUUGCUCCCGUCUUCUACACGGCCUCCAUCUACGUGACGCUAUCGCAGUCCAUCAUGUUCCUCGACCCGAACCUCUCCCGCUUCAAGCCCCAGCUGUUCUACUGGAUCUUCAUCCCCUUCGACAUCGUCUGCCUCGUCCUCCAGGCCGCAGGAGGCGCAAUGUCCGCCAACGACACCGGCUCCGACCAAGCCGGCGUCGACAUCUCCCAGGCAGGCCUCAGCCUCCAAGUCAUCGUCCUGGUCGCCUUCAUCGUCGCUUUUGGAGACUACAUGUUCCGCUACAUUCGCUCCGGCCGCGCCUCCAACUGGGGGUGGCGCCUCACUGCCUUCUUCUCCGGCUUGACGACGGCGACGCUGCUCAUCUUGGCCCGCUGUGCUUACCGCGUGGCUGAGCUCAAGGACGGGUACGAUGGAAGCCUGAUCAAGGACCAGGCUACGUUUAUUGUGCUGGAGGGUGUUUUUGUCUUUCUGGCGGCCGUUGCGCUUUGUUUUGGGCAGCCGGGUCUGGGACUGAAGCGAGAAGCCGUGGAGGGACGGAAGCUGGAGACGGAGAGCGACUAUCUGGAAAUUAAUCCUCUUGAGCGGCGCGUUUAG